CGUAUGAAUCAUUUAAAAAACCAUGAAGGGCAUGUAUCAGACGUGACAGAGAAGUAGAGACGCAACGUUUGGUUUUGGAAAACUGGCUGUUUGGUAUACAAUUUAAGGAUAUUAAUUAGAUUGAACCGUCCAUUUAUUGGUACUCGAAUUCAUUUUCUCUGGGGGACUGUAAGUUUAAUCUGAGUCUUGCUGAAGGGAGAUUCAUCGGCAUGUCGAGUGAUCCAUCGAUGAACAGCCAGCGCUAGUUUGAGAUAAGAGUUUUGUUACGAGGGAAAUUGAUAAUAAGUUGUUGGAAGAAGCUGGAAUCACAGGAAUUUCAUGGGCAGUGAAGAAUCAGGAAGUCAAAAGCACAAGAGGAAUAAGAGUUUUGUGAUAAGAGAGGUUCCAAUACAGCGGGCGAAGAUUAAUAAUGAUGCAGAAUGGAGCAGAGGGAAGAGCUUCUGUGAGAUGGAGAAGGCGAUGAUGAGUGACUAUGAUACCCCUGAGCUGGUGGUUUUCCUUCAGGAGGACAGAGGAGCGUCAGCAAAAGACAAGUGUGCGAUGGGAAACUGUGAAUGCUAUGAGGAAACGGCGGAGACAUUGUCUUGCUCCUCUGCUUCGAAAGUGUCAGACUCCACAUGUCGGAAUCCUCGCACCAACAAGUGUGGUUUCAGAAACUCGACGAUGAUGGUGGAAGGUGACCACCCCACUGAGGGCAGUGAGAAAGAAGAGGAGGUUGUGAGAUUAUUCGACAAGAAGCAGGAGGAGUGGUGUUCGUGCGGCAUAGGAACAUCAAUAAGGUGUGGCAGCGUGUCUGCGUCUCACGGGUCCAGUGACAGCAUGAGCAGCACCCACUCCUUUACUUUUCCCAUAUUGCAGAGAGAAUGGAGCGGAAGCCCCGUGAGGAUGGCGGAGCCUGACGCUGCCUCGGCGUCAAGAAGGCUUCGAUGGCGGAAGAUUCUGUGUCCCUGCUGCAAAUGUUGAUGAAUAAAAGGACUUAAAAUUGAGUAUGAAGAAAUAGGUGAGGAUGCAAGGCAGAAGGCAAAUGAGCCAUUCUAUAAAUGCUGCUAUAUAAUUAACACCAUAUUAUCGAGUCCUUUGUUUUUGAUGGAGAUAUAUGGCAGCUUUGGUUGCUGGCAGUUUCCCCAGUUAUCUUCAGAUUCAGUUCUAGCCCGACCAUAAUCACCCUAUACCCUUGUCAUCAUUCAUAUUUUUAUCUGUGUUGCUCUUGCCAACAACCCCUGCUCAUCACCAUAAAUCCAACGAAACCCUAUUCCCUAUUCGAGAUCAACAUUUUUGAGGGAAACCACUUGCCCUGUUGCCAUUUAUGCCACAUCCUAU